CUUCACGAUGUUUCCCGAUUAGGGAGGAGGUUGGCCAAGAAUGACGGCUUCAAUGUUGAUGCGAUGGAGCUGAUGGAGAACCGCCGACUAGCGGCUACGCUGAAUGCGUCUCAACCGACUAUAAAGAUGGCCGAACUCGAGUGCCAAGAGAGAAGGAUUCUACUCAGCAUCGCCAGCAUCAAUCGCAAGAGCCCAGCCAACUAGAACUCUAUCACAUUCUUCCUCCCAGCCCUCCUAAUCAAGAUGAAGUUCACCGCUUUCGCCCUCGCCGCUGCUGGCAUCGUUGCCGCCGCCCCUGGCACCAAGCUCGUCCAGCGCGACUACUCCCCCCUCGUUCCUCGCUCUGCCCGCGCCAGACACGGUUCUGCUCCCAACAGGAGGCUGUCCGCCGAGUCGGUUGAUACCCUCUCUCUCAACUCCACCGACGUCAAGAACGUCGAAUACUCCAGCAACUGGGCCGGCGCUGUCAAGAUCGGAAACGGCUACAACCACGUCACCGGCACCAUCACGGUCCCCGAGGUCAGCGGCAACAAUGACGACGCCGCCUCCGCCUGGGUCGGAAUUGACGGCGACACCUGCCAGACCGCCAUCCUCCAGACCGGCGUCUCGUUCUACGGCGAUGGCACCUUCGACGCCUGGUACGAGUGGAUCCCCGACUACGCCUACAGCUUCAGCAACUUCGACGUCAGCGUCGGCGACCAGAUCCAGAUGACCGUCGACGCGUCCUCCAAGAAGAAGGGCGUCGCCACGCUCCAGAACCUGACCACCGGCAAGAAGGUCACCCACACCUUCACCAGCACGCCCUCCACCCUCUGCGAGACCAACGCCGAGUGGAUUGUCGAGGCUUUCCAGGAGGGCGGCAGCCAGGUCACCCUUGCCGACUUCGGCACCAUCAAGUUCACGGGUGCUGCCGCCUCCGGCUCCGGUGGCUCGACUACCCCUGCCGGUUCCGACAUCAUCGACAUCUCGCCCGACGGCGGCCGCACUGUCCUUGCUAGGUCUUCUGCCAGCGGCAGCACCGUCACUGUCAGCUACGUCGGCUAAGCUGUCACGUCACUCAUGCGAAAGUGUGGUUAGAUUAAAUUAAGGGUCGAAUGAAGGGAAUUUCAGCGGCUUUUGAGGAAUGGUGCGCGGGGGAUGAACGAUCUGGAUGGACUGACGUUUAUAUUCUGACGAUAAUUAUGUCUAAUCUUUCUUUUGUAAUUACUUUUUACUGCACAUAACGAAUCCAUGCACCAUUCUUAGCUGGGCGCACAUAGCUACAUUCAAGG